GGAACUCGUUUCAACAAGCCACUCAAGUCUCGUGUUCGUUGCUCGUUAGAUUCUAAUGUCUCCGACAUGAGCGUCAACGCGCCGAAAGGGCUGUUUCCGCCGGAGCCGGGGCAUUAUCGAGGACCAAAGCUGAAAGUUGCCAUCAUUGGGGCUGGGCUUGCUGGCAUGUCAACUGCAGUGGAACUCUUGGAUCAAGGACACGAGGUGGAUAUAUAUGAGUCGAGGACUUUUAUUGGUGGGAAAGUUGGUUCUUUUGUUGAUAAGAAAGGAAACCACAUAAGUAUUACAAGUGUCACUUCUAUCAAGGACAAGAACCUCUAUUAUUGACUUCACUUGAUGUGUUCAUUUUCGUUGUGUAUCCAUUCAUUCCACUUGCUUUUUCUUUUUCUUUACCUGGAAUAGGUGGGUGCAGAUAACAAUCUACUUGUAAAGGAUCACACUCACACUUUUGUAAACAAAGGGGGUCAAAUAGGAGAACUAGAUUUUCGCUUCCCAGUGGGAGCACCAUUGCAUGGGAUAAACGCUUUUUUGUCCACAAAUCAGCUUAAGACUUAUGAUAAGGCUAGAAAUGCUGUGGCUCUCGCACUGAGUCCAGUUGUCAAAGCUCUUAUUAAUCCAGAUGCUGCAUUGAGGGACAUAAGGAAUUUGGAUAGUAUUAGCUUUUCAGACUGGUUUAUAUCCAAAGGUGGCACACGAAUGAGUAUUCAAAGGAUGUGGGAUCCAGUGGCCUAUGCUCUUGGAUUUAUUGACUGUGAUAAUAUCAGUGCACGUUGCAUGCUCACCAUAUUUGCCUUGUUUGCUACAAAGACCGAGGCCUCCCUUUUGCGAAUGCUGAAGGGUUCACCGGAUGUUUAUUUGAGUGGCCCUAUCCAAAAGUACAUUACAGAUAGAGGGGGCAGGUUCCAUCUUAGAUGGGGUUGCAGAGAAAUACUUUAUAAUAGGUCUUCUGAUGGUAGUACUUAUGUUACAGGACUUGCCAUGUCAAAGGCUACUGCCAAGCAAAUCGUGCAUGCUGAUGCUUACGUUGCUGCUUGUGAUGUUCCCGGAAUUAAAAGAUUAAUUCCUUCGGAGUGGAGGGAACAGAAGUUUUUCAGUAACAUAUACGAGCUUGUUGGAGUUCCUGUCGUCACAGUGCAACUCAGAUACAACGGCUGGGUUACAGAGUUGCAGGAUCUUGAAAAAUCAAGGCAACUGAAGCAAGCUCUUGGGCUAGAUAACCUUCUCUAUACUCCGGAUGCAGAUUUUUCGUGCUUUGCAGACCUUGCACUAACAUCUCCUGAAGAUUAUUACAUUGAAGGACAAGGAUCAUUAUUACAAUGUGUUCUGACACCAGGUGAUCCGUACAUGCCCUUACCGAAUGAUGAAAUUAUUUCGAGGGUAGCAAAACAGGUUCUAGCACUGUUUCCAUCAGCUCAAGGCUUAGAAGUAACCUGGUCAUCUGUUGUUAAAAUUGGGCAAUCUCUAUACCGCGAGGGACCUGGUAAAGAUCCAUUCAGACCUGAUCAGAAGACACCGGUGAAGAAUUUCUUUCUCGCUGGCUCUUACACCAAGCAGGACUACAUAGACAGCAUGGAAGGUGCAACCUUGUCAGGUCGACAAGCUUCAGCAUAUAUCUGUGACACCGGCGAAGAAUUGGUGGAUCUGCGGAAGGUGCUUGCUACCCAGUUUAAAGAUGAGAUAAAAUUUGCAAAUAUAAAAGAUGAAUUGAGCUUAGUAUAAGAUACAUUUUCUGCAAGUUAGCCACAUUGAAAAGCAGAAAGCUUGUUAUUUAUGCAACUUUUUUAUAAUAUGUAUAUUCAGUUGAAAGGUAAUUAAAGAAUGUGUGUUUCAGCAAGUAGUGCUUGAUAGUAAUUGUGAAAUCUGAUUCAGGCUUCCAUAAAUUGUGAUUCCUGCUCUGGUUCUGCCACUAACAUUACAAGUUAGUCUAGUUCUGUAUAUACAACCUGCAACAUGCAUAGAUGUAUAUGACAUGGGAUGGGAACAACGUUUGGAAUGCUGGC